AUGUCUGAACAUCAGGAAGCAGACAUCGACUCCAUUGUCGAUAGAUUAUUGGAAGUCAGAGGCUCCAGACCUGGAAAACAGGUGACUUUGUUGGAGCACGAAAUCCGUUACUUAUGCACUAAAGCAAGAGAAAUUUUCAUUCAACAGCCUAUCUUAUUAGAGUUGGAAGCUCCAAUCAAAAUCUGUGGUGACAUUCACGGGCAAUAUUAUGACCUAUUGCGACUUUUCGAAUACGGUGGAUUCCCUCCAGAAGCUAAUUACCUAUUCUUAGGUGACUAUGUUGACAGAGGUAAACAAUCCUUGGAAACCAUAUGUUUGCUUUUGGCAUACAAGAUCAAAUAUCCAGAAAACUUCUUUAUCUUAAGAGGUAAUCACGAGUGUGCGUCUAUUAACCGUAUUUACGGUUUUUACGACGAAUGCAAAAGAAGAUACAACAUCAAAUUAUGGAAAACUUUCACAGACUGUUUUAACUGUUUACCGAUUGCCGCCAUCAUCGAUGAAAAGAUUUUCACCAUGCACGGUGGCUUAUCGCCCGACUUGAACUCUAUGGAACAAAUCAGAAGAGUUAUGAGACCCACUGACAUCCCUGACGUUGGAUUAUUAUGCGAUUUGUUAUGGUCCGAUCCUGAUAAGGAUAUAGCCGGUUGGUCCGAAAAUGACCGUGGUGUCUCUUUCACAUUCGGACCAGACGUUGUAUCUCGAUUUUUACAAAAGCAUGAUAUGGAUUUGAUUUGCAGAGCUCACCAAGUUGUUGAAGAUGGUUACGAAUUUUUCUCUAAAAGACAAUUGGUGACUUUGUUUUCCGCUCCAAACUACUGUGGUGAAUUUGAUAAUGCAGGUGCCAUGAUGAGUGUCGAUGAGAGCUUGUUGUGUUCUUUCCAAAUUUUGAAACCGGCUGAUAAAAAACCCAGAUAUCCUCCACCAAAUAGUGUGGGAAAUAACAGACCAGUCACGACCCCACCAAGAAAAGCCAAACGUGGGACGAAAUAA